AUGGCGACCACAUCUAACCUAACCACAGCAUCAGAUGUCCUGUCAACUCAUAUCUUCAGCAUCUUGAACUCGGUUUCCGAACAAUUCCACAAACUCCCAGGUUCAGCCAUCUUCCUUCGCUACGUUAAAUCCUCGUACCAGAACGAUCCAGUACGUAGCGCGGUCGAACUCUUCCUUGUACUUUUUGCGAUUCGCUACCUCCUCGCUCGAUCGUAUAGCACGAAACCUGGUAAAGUACGACUUACCGAGGAAGAGAUUGAUGAUUUGGUGGACGAGUGGCAGCCUGAGCCUUUGGUAGGCAAGAACACUAUCUUCGAAGACGCCGACCUCGAGAAGCGAGCCGUGAUCGUUGGACCUACGGGACCAAAAUGUCGACUUCAAACAGGGCGUACGGUGACGAAUCUCGCUUCAUACAAUUUCUACAAUCUUGUCAGUAAUGAGCAGUUGAAAGAACGAGCUAUUCAGACACUACGCACAUACGGUGUGGGACCUUGUGGUCCACCUGGCUUCUAUGGAACUCAGGACGUACACAUGAAGAUCGAGGCCGAUAUUGCUGCGUUUCUAGGAACUACGGCAUGCAUAAUAUAUGCACAAGCAUUCAGCGCUGCAAGCAGCGUGAUUCCAGCAUUCAGCAAGAGAGGGGACAUCAUAGUUGCGGAUAAGGCUGUAAACUAUAGUAUUCGCAAAGGUUUACAGAUAUCAAGAAGUCAGGUGCGAUGGUAUGAGCAUGGAGAUAUGGCUGAUCUGGAAAGGGUGCUGGCUCGAGUGCAGAAAGAGCAGGCUGCAAAGAAGCAGUUGACAAGGAGAUUUAUUGUCACCGAGGGCUUGUUCGAGAACACUGGCGAUAUGGUCGAUCUUCCCAAGAUUAUUGAAUUGAAAUUGAAGUACAAGUUCCGACUAAUACUGGAUGAAAGCUGGAGUUUUGGCGUACUAGGUCGCACUGGAAGAGGUGUGACGGAGCACCAGCAUGUCGAUGCUGCGGAGGUUGACAUGAUCAUUGGAAGCAUGGCUGGACCAUUAACUGCUGCCGGAGGCUUCUGUGCUGGGUCUGACGAAGUCGUCGAGCACCAAAGACUCUCUGCUGCUGCCUAUACAUUUUCAGCUGCGCUCCCUGCGAUGAGCGCAGUAACAGCAUCAGAGACACUCACGAUGUUGCAAACGCAACCGGACAUGAUCACGUCAUUGAGAGAGAAUACCAGGAUUAUGUGGCAGCAACUAGACCCAAGAAGCGACUGGAUGACCUGCACGAGCGUGCCUGAAAAUCCUAUCAUGAUGAUGGUCUUCAAGGCUGACGUUAUUAACUCGAAGCGACUCUCAUUGGAAGACCAAACACUGUUGAUUCAAGACAUCGUAGACGAGUGUCUAGCCCAAGGUGUCCUUGUGACACGAGCAAAAGCGCUUUCGGCAGCGGCUUCGGGAGCCAAAUCAGACAUAUACACUCAUCGGCCUGCUCUGAAGAUAUGUUUGACUAAUGGUCUGUCGAAGAAGGAAGUAGAAAAAGCAGGAACUACAGUCCGGCACGCUAUUACGAAAAUUGUGACCAAGAAGAAGUAA